AACCCGGAUGUUACUGUCGGUAAGGCGUGCCGGGCAGCCUGGGGUGGAAGGAAUUCUUCCGCUGUAAACUUUGACGAGACUGGCGACGGGUAGCCGCUGUUGCUGAAGAAAGUGGAAAGAAGGAAAAGAGUGAGCGACGCCCGAAGGAAACAUCGUCAGCGCGUACCGGAAGCCGUCCGAGAAUGAAGAGUGCGGUCUACCAUGCCUUUUCUCAGAAGGAGGCAAAAGAGUUCGAUGUUCAGCAUCCAGGAACCCAGCGGGCUGAGGCCUUCGUCAAGGCCUUCCUGAAGCGCAGCAUGCCCCACCUGAGCCAGGAGGCCCUCCAGGACCAGCUGCAACGCAAGGCGGUCGUCCUAGAGUACUUUGCUCACCGGAAGCGAAAGGAGAAGAAAAAGAAAUCCAAAGGCCUUUCUGCCCGGCAGAGGAGGGAGCUGCGGCUCUUUGACAUUAAGCCCGAGCAGCAGAGAUAUAGUCUUUUUUUGCCACUACACGAACUCUGGAAACAGUACAUCCGGGACUUGUGCAAUGGUCUCAAGCCAGACACGCAGCCACAGAUGAUUCAGGCUAAGCUGUUAAAGGCAGAUCUUCAUGGUGCUAUGAUUUCAGUCACAAAAUCCAAAUGCCCCUCUUAUGUGGGUGUUACGGGAAUCCUUCUCCAGGAAACAAAGCACGUUUUCAAAAUUAUCACCAAAGAAGACCGCCUAAAAGUUAUUCCCAAGCUAAACUGUGUGUUUACUGUGGAAAUUGAUGACUUUAUUUCCUACAUCUACGGGAGCAAAUUUCAGCUUCGGUCCAGUGAGCGGUCUGCGAAGAAGUUCAAAGCAAAGGGAACCAUUGACUUGUGAACUCUCUGCUGACAAUUGUAGGCACCCCAAAACCUCUCAGAAAAGAAAUGGGUUAGGGAUCCCCCCAGCCAGGAAAAUCCUCAGUAAGGACAUUUAAUCAGAUGGGAGGAUCUUGACAGUAUAAUGAACGAGGACGUCAAGGAACAGAGGGCUGUAGAGACUUGGGGGUGGUUUUCAUUUUGUAGUCACAGAGAGAGAAAGGACUUGCAGAAAGUACACCAGUGUCUGUGAAUGGUGGGAUUAUUAGAUUUCUAUUGCUUUUUCCUACCUUUUUGUGUUGUCUGAAUAUCUUAUAAUGAAUCAAUUGUUAUUAUGUAAUUGUUACAUAUGCACAUAUAUAUAUAUAUAUGCUUAUAUAUAUAUAUAUAUAUAUAAGCAUAAACAGAGUCAAAUAAAGGAAAUAUUCCUGCAGUUCUGCCAGGGUGGAGAGGAAGGGAACCUCCAAAAUUGCACCUGGAUUGUCUUUUUGGGGUUCCUUCUGCCCUAUAAAACCUGCUCCAGGCACUGCAUUUCAGUGGUGCGGUGCAUUUUUGACACAUUAUUUUUUAAUCAUGCCUGCUAUCUGACACUUUGACUUAAGUAAGGUUUACUUUUCUUUUUAGAAGAGUGGAAAAGGAGUGAAUGGCUUGGUUGCUCAGUGACCUAGGGCCCGUUCACUCCAGGAAUUGGGCUGGAUGGACCACAGAGGCCCAUCAUUAGUUCUAGUUGUGCUUGUUAGUGACUGUUCCAGCACAGGUAGCUCAGGCCCUCGUCUGCUUUCUCCUUCCUGAGCCUGGUGGCCUCCAGCAGCAGGUAGAAUAAAAAGAAAAGUGAGAAACUCCAACUCUUGCCGAGGUCUAGCACACCAGGAGCACCCAAGUCCCCAGUAAUGGUACUUUAUUGACAUCAUAGAUCCAUUUUUGUUGUUGAAAAGCUUGGCCUGUAAGGUCAGUAGGAGGGGCCCUUCUGUGACAGGCCCGAGGGCUGGAGUGAGAUGGGGCGAGAGAGAGGCCUCGCAGUGUCUGGUAUUAGAAAAGCCACCUGGGUCAGAAACACACUCAGCAGGACCUACUACCCCCAAAGCAAUUAUUUGCUGACCAACAAGUUGAGGACAGAAGCCCUCCUGGUGACAGAUAGACAGCAAAUCCUGGGCUUUUUCCUUCAUGCCAGCAGAAGCAGCAGUGCCUGAGGCUUUGCUUCCUCAGUGUAUCCCACUCAGAUUCCACUGUAAAAAAAGUGCAGUGUGAGAAGGAAAUGGUGAACAAUGCCUUUCUGUAUGACAGUAGAACUGAAAGACUAGUGUGGUGCCACCACGCCUCCCAGGGGCUCAGCGUGCACCAGAGUCUCCCAGGUCCCGGGGCCUGGCAGCUCCGGGCGGCUCAACCUGCUUGCUUCUGUGUGGUGGCCAUUGCUCACCAAGAAUGCUCUCGCCGGCCCAGCAUACGGCUGCCCCUUCCUGUGGUGCAGAGCACACACAGGGCCAGGAAGACAGGGCCCAGUCCCAGCCUUAGCCUGUGACUGAACCUCUAUGAUGUUGCUAUCCCCAUUUUGCUACAAGGACAUUCAGACUCAAAGUGCUUACUUGCCCAGGACCUCACUGCCUGAGAGGGUUGAGCUAGGGCUUUAAACAGAUAGUCCGGCUCUGGAGCCCAUGCUUUUAACCACCAUGCUCCCACCUCAUGGGAAGGGUGCGGGGAUAAGGGAGACACUGUUAUAAAGUGGGGGCUGUGGCCCGCUUAUUAGCAGGCUUCCCACUAGGAGAUCUCUGUUCAGUAUAAACUGUUUUCUGUUCUUCCA